ACAGGCCAGUCAUACUUAUGUGUAUUUUUACACAUGGACUCUCCAGUGCGAGUGAUAUGAUGGAUGAAAAUAUGGAGAGAUUUGUCUGUGGGGGUAAAGGUAAUGGUUUGCGUGCUCUUCGUGAAUUUAAAGCCGGCGAGGUGAUCCAUUCAUGUGAGCCUUAUGCAUUCUGCAUAGCCAAGGAUUUCUUGAAAACUACCUGCCAACAAUGUCUCAAGAGAGGUGAAAGUCUGUUGAGAUGUUCCCAGUGUAAGACGGCCCGUUACUGCAAUGCUUGGUGUCAGAAACAAGCAUGGCCCGAACACAAGAAAGAAUGCAAAUGUCUCAAGCGCGUCCAGCCAAGGAUCCCCACAGACUCGGUCCGUCUGGUCGCAAGAAUAAUUUUCAAACUGCUCAGCCAAUCAGAAAGUGACAAGAAUGAGAUGUACUCGAUAGCUGAACACCAGUCACAUCUAGUGGACAUGAGUGAUGAGAAGAAGGAAGGCCUGGGGCAUCUUUGCUCUACACUCCAGGUGUAUCUCGGUGAGGAGAACUGUGAUCUGUCUCAGCUACCACCUGGCCUGGACCCCAUCAACCUUCUUGCCAGAGUGACCUGUAACUGUUUCAGCAUCAGUGAUGGAGAGCUGCAGGACUUGGGAGUGGGACUUUACCCCAGCAUGUCCCUACUGAACCAUGACUGCCAGCCAAACUGUGUCAUGGUGUUUGAGGGCAAGAGUCUCACGCUGAGAGCUGUUCGGGUCAUCAGAACCUGUGAAGAGUUGACUAUAAGCUACACCGAUGUCCUGUCGCCCAGCAAAAACAGACAAGCACAGUUACAGGAGCAGUACCACUUCCUGUGUAAGUGCGAGUGCUGCACCACUGAGGACAAGGACUGUGACAUGCUGGCUGGAGAGAAGACAGCGUGGACUUUCUUAAGAGACACCAUCCCUCACGUGGAGCAUCUUCAGUCAGAGCAGAACUGGGAGGAGUUACUGCGAGAGAGCCAGGCUCUUUUGGACAGAUAUACUGAUGUUGUUCCAGACAGGAACAUCUAUUUGCUCAGGUUGCUGGAUCUGGCCAUGGAUGCUUGCAUCAGCCUGGAUUACUAUGAGAAAGCAUUGGAAUAUGGCAAUAGGGCUCUGGAACCUUACAAAUUCUACUACCAUUAUCCUCAUCCAUCCAGAGCCGUGGAGCUGCUGCGGGUGGGGAAGCUUCAGCACUACCUUGGCAGACUGGAGGAGGCUCAGGGGAGCUUUACACAGGCCUAUGAUAUCAUGAAGGUGACCCACGGGAUUGAGCAUGCCCUGACUAAUGAGGUGAGGAGGAAACUGGCAGAAUGCCAGGCUGAGCUGGGUCGAGUCUAGCCUGAUCUGUGCCACUGCAUAACCCUGUGUCAUCAUCGCACUGCUAGGAGACCGACGACGCCAGCUUUGCCACAGACACCAUGCCACAGCUCCAGAUUUCUCCAUACACUUCCUUUUACACGUUGGCUGUCAAUCAAUGAUCUGCUAUAUUUGUUCUCAAAUGUAAUUUAUCUGGGUGGUUGUUAUUGCCACCUGCUCUUGUGCCGCUGAGCAGCAAACCAGAUGGUUAGAAUUCAACAGAAUUCACUUGUUUGUAGCACGCCAGUGGGAAAAAACCGCAUUGCCUGCUGCAGCGCUUCUUCAUUCCGAUUACAUUUUGGAGGGGAAAAAGCAGUUAAUUCCAAAUUUUUGUGUUUAGAAUGUUUUGCAAUAAUGACAGAGUGCUACUGCUAGCCUCCUUGCAAAACAGCUGUUCACUUUUAACUCUCUACUUAGUCCAAAAUAUUGUUUACUUUCCUUCCUUCCUUUAUUUUAUUUUUAUUUUUUUUGAAGAUUCAAUUUUACACCCAUUUUUAUACCCAAAAGUGUGCUCACACAAGCCAAUGACAGAAGGUUGCUGAACUAAUCUAAAUAAGCUAAAAUUAUACACAUAAAUAGUGCCACUUUAAAAGUGUAGUAUAUCUAAUGGAAUAUAAGAGCAAUUGGGUCACUCUACUUUUGCUUUAGACUACCAUAGAUAGGUAUGUUUGAUAUCUUAUUAGUAUUUAAAUGCAUAUUUCAGAUUGAGUGGUGCUCAAUGGAAUCUCUUUUUAAGACAUUUCAUGAUUCAACCAACAAGCAACUGUUCUGGGACAAACAUCAUUGGUAGGCUAUGAUCUGGUCACUUGGGAGGUAAUCAGAUUAUUCAAAUGUGGCAUUUCGCAUUGCCCCUUUAAGAUUGCUGUGUUUGUAGUUUUACUUAAAGGAAUGGUAUUUCAUCAGAGUAAAAGGUCUUGCAGAAAUAAAAAUGGUACAGACAAGACAAAGUAAAAGAAGAAAAAUGUUUCAUUUGAUACAUGCUGUUUGCAGAACCUGUAGGAAUGCCCAUUAACACUUACCGAACAAAUUACAGUGGGCUAGUAGCUUUUCAAAACUGUUUAUUUAACAUUGGCAUAACAGUCCUUCAAACCACAUUCAUUAUAAAUGACUUUCUUUUUAUUUAGAUUUAAAAUUUACUUUAGAGCUAUUACAUUAUCAACAGAUCAUUUUCAGCAAUAACUGUUUUGCUCUGUAAAAAAAAAAAAGCUCCCAAACAUCAAACAGAUUUAUCCUCAUUAAUUUCAAUCAUAUGAGUUACACUGGCAAGGCAGUGCCUUUUGUUCAGAUUUCAGAAACAUACCUGUUUUCAGCAGCUGCUUUCAGAUUACACCUGCUUCCAUGCUCUUUUUUUUUUUUUUUUUUUACAAUCAGGAUUGUAUUUUUGCAACUCAUUUAGGCCAAUCACUAUUUGUUUGAUAUAGGUCAUUCCUAUUAUGCAGUACAUUUUUAUGCCUCCAUUAUAUAUGUCUUAAUAUACAGGUGCAUCUCAAUAAAUUA